CAGAUGGUACAGUUCCCUUCUGCCCUAUUGAGUGGCACCUCGCAAGCCCCCUUCAGCUAAAACCAAAUCUCCGAUAAAGUAAUGGCAAAACCACUUGGACUAUAAAACAUUACAAAUCAUAUUCCUCGGAGCAAAUUUGUCCAUCCAAUGAGUUCCUAUUUUGUCAACUCAACUUUUCCUGUUUCUCUGCCGGGAGGACAGGAGUCUCUCCUCGCUCAGAUACCUUUAUAUUCCUCCGGAUAUACUGACCCUUUAAGACACUUUUCCAACGCUACAUAUGGAGCUGCCAAUAUGCAAGAGAAGGUUUACCCAACCUCAUAUUACCAGCAAACCACUAGUCUCUACGGUCGCCCCAGCACCAGCGCUCCCUGCGACUAUACAGCUGCCACUUUUUACACUGACCGCUCGUGCGCUUUCGCAAAUCGAGAGGAGCAGCCGCUCUUUGUAACUCAGGAUCAGCGCAAGUCAGAGUGCCUCGAGCAGAAUGUAAACAUAACCACUGCUGUGGACGACAAGUCUUCUCUGCUUUAUCCGUGGAUGCAAAGGAUGAAUUCUUGCACCGCCGGGACAUUGGGCAGCAGUGGACGCAGGGGCCGUCAGACCUAUACUCGAUACCAGACUCUUGAGCUCGAGAAAGAGUUCCAUUUCAAUAGGUAUCUCACCAGGCGUCGUCGAAUCGAGAUUUCGCAUGCUCUGUGUCUCACUGAACGUCAGAUAAAGAUUUGGUUCCAGAAUCGCAGAAUGAAGUGGAAAAAGGAGAACAAAGUUAUGAAUCCUUCGAAACCCAGCGACGAAGAGGAGGAAAAGCAGGCAGAUUAAAAGACACUGAGUAAAAAAGCUACACAAGCCAUCCUAUAACUGUCGUAACAUGAAUUGAGAGAUGUUUAAUUAUUGUUGGUUGUUGUUUUUCAUAAAAUAGCUGCAUAGGCCUACACAUUUUUGUGAAAAUAUGUAAAUAGGCCUACUAGAUAAAUAUAUUUGCACGAUGAAAUAACGUCUGUUGGUUAGAAACAGGUUCAAACCAACUGAAGCUGGCUAGCCUAUUCUUAAUUAAUUGAUUUUGUAUUUUUGUUUUGUCAAUAUUGUUGCUUGAAAGUAAAAUAGGGUUUACCACAUCCACAAUGUC